AUGGGCUUGCCCAGCUCCAGCUCCCCUGGGGUCCCCACACCCCAGAAGAUCAAAAACCCCCUGCGGCGCAACCCCCUUGCCCUCUUCAACCCUUACCCCUCCUCUUCCUUCCCUUUGGGACCAGCUCCAGCCACCCAAGGACCUCCACCAGCGCCUGUUGUCACCCUGGCGCAGCCUCCAGCCCCCUCCACUGUAAAGGUGGACCACCCUGACACCUUCAAAGGCAAAAUUGGCUUGGAGGCCAAACAAUGGCUGACAUGCAUGUUGGCCUGGGUCCGCCUUAACCAAAGGCAGUUCCCAUUGGACCUGGAGGUCCCAAGUUUCCUCCUCAUGAAUAUGACAGAGGCUGGUGGAGCAUGGGCCCACCCCCAUUUGGACCAACUAGGGUCCCACUGUGCACUCAUCCAGACCAUAGAUGAGUUCAAAGUUGAGUUCCUGGCCGCUUUCAGCAACCCAGAUGCUACCCAAGCAGUGGAGCGGAAAAUCACUUCCCUCACACAGACCAGCACUUGUGCCAAAUACAUUACCAAGUUCCACACGCUGCAAAUGGAACUUGACUGGAAUGAUGCUGCACUUUGGGGUCAAUUUGCAUGCGGACUACACUGGGAGGUCCAAAGACAAAUUGCCACAAGGGAGAGGCAACCCAGAACCCUGAGGGAGCUCCAAGAUGCCUCCCUCAUUAUUGACAAUGCCCUCUGUGAGGAAAGAGCCAGCCACCUGCAACAGGGUAAUAAGUCUGGUAAAACUUCAACCACCCCCAACUGGGGGGUGAGUACCGGCCAACAGGCCACCAAAACCAGUCCCCUCUCCUCUGAUCCCAAUUACAUCUUGGAGGAAGAGCAAAAUUGCCAACACACAGAAGGCCUCUGUGUGAAAUGCACUUGUGAUAUUGUGGCAAAUUACAAGAAAUACGGGUCUGCUACCCCUCGGCCCCGGCCUGGUCGCCCACCCGCCCUAUCCCCUCAAACUCGGCGGUCUAUUGCACGUUAUCUGAAACUCUACCCAGAGAAACCAUAUUAUGCAAUUGCCAAGCUCGACGGGACUGUUACCGAGCGUCAAGUUCAGUAUACUGCAAAUCAAAUGGGCCUCCAGCGCUAUAAUAACACAAAUCAAAAUUGGGAUUGGGUAGCUUGGGCCGACGAGUCCACAAUUGACACAGGAGAGCAGCCAGUGCGACCAAAAGUUACCCGGAAGCAAGGAGAAGCAUAUCUACCCAAGAACAUGGUCCCAAGCUUCCAAACUGGUUGCCAAAGUGUCCCUAUGUGGGGCUGCAUUGCUCACAGCAAGAAGGGCCCAUUGAUUUGGCUCGAACUAUCGCCUUGCAUUGCUGGAAAGAAGGGCCGCUCAAGAGGCGGGGGGCUCACCUCAGCAGGGUAUGCUGAACAAGUACUCAAAGGUCCACUCAAGGAGUUUUUGGAUGAAUUAGAGGCUGAGCGGGGUCACAAGAUCCUCAUCGUCGAGGAUGGAGCACCGUUGCAUAAGGGUCCACAAGCACGGGAGGCCCGGGCAGCACUGGGUAUAGAACAGCUAGCCCAUCCAUUGGGCUCUCCCGAUCUCAAUGCCAUCGAGCCCAUAUGGCGUCUCCUCAAAUCACGCGUUUUCAAGGUGCCUGGAGCUCGGAGAAAUGCUGACAAGCUUUGGAAAGUGGCCAAGCGGGUUUGGGAUGAACUUACAGUGGAGGAUAUCAACAAACACACGGGGCAGAUGGAUGCCCGGGUUCAAGCUAUCAAAGAAGCUGAAGGGGGGCCUACUGAGUUCUAG